AAAAAAGGCAGAUUAAAAAGAGAAAAACAGCGCCUAGGCACAUGCUGCUGCUCUGAUGUGUCUGCUCUCCCAGAUGGGUGGCAGGACCUGGGAGUUGCAGUGACUGAGGCUGAGAUAAAUCCAAAGGCCUACUCCCUCACAGACACCCACCUCACCAAGAAACUACUGGACCUUGUUCAGCAGUCAUGUAACUACAAACAGCUUUGGAAAGGAGCUAAUGAAGCCACCAGAACCCUCAGCAGAGGCAACUCUGAGUUCAUCGUAAUGGCUGCAGAUGCUGAGCCGCUGGAGAUGAUCCUGCACCUUCCACUGCUAUAUGAGGAUAAGAACGUGCCCUACAUGUUUGUGCGCUCCAAGCGGGCCCUGGGGUGGGCCUGUGGGCUCUCCAGGACUAUCAUCACCUCUUCUGUUACCAUCAAAGAAGGGUCACAGCUGAAGCAGCAAAUCCAGUCCGUUCAGCUGUCCAUUGAAAGACUCAGUCUAAAACGGUGGCCUCUGCUCCUUCCACACUGAGUUCUUCCCUUGGGGACAUGUGUCAUAGUGUCUAUGUUAGCAUGUAGUAUCUCCAGCUACCUUCUCUUGUUGCAUUAUAGUACUAAAGAUGGUUUUUGCUUUUUUGUAUUAUUUUUGUUUUAUAGGUUGUUAUGCAUGUA